AGCUGUUAUUUCUAAGAACAGCUUGCCAUUCAUGGCAGUUUGCCAUCCAUAGCAUUAAUAAAACUAAGACGUCAGUCAAAGAACAAAGCCUGCGUGUGUAAGUCAAACCUCCUCCCACUCAUGAACACAUGUAGCCCAUGUCUUCCUCUUUGAGUGCUUCUGUACCUUCUCUCUCUGAGUUCCUGUUUAGUUGCACUAAAGCGUGGCAGGCGUACUGAUAUAACUGCUCCUGUUGUUGCUGCCGUUGUUCAGUGCCUAUGUAGGCUGAUAUAACCUGAUGCUGAAGGAUGUGGUUACAUUUCCACCUCCUUUCAUCUUAAGCGCUGGAUUACACUGCAAGGACAUCGGUUCCGUCUCAGCCUGCACAUUGAUAAAAGGCAAAGAAAUCAUGGGAAGAGGAUAAGAACUCCAGUUACAGUCAAGAUGCAGCACACUUCGUGCACAGAGGACCGGAUCCAGCAUGCUCUGGAGAGAUGCCUGGAUGGACUCCGUCCAUCAGAAUACCUGUCACAAUCCUGGAGUGCUGGCUGGUGUAUGAACCGCUGGAGUCUAGAAGAGCUGGUUAAGAGGGACCCAGAAAAUUUUCUCAUUCUGCUGCAGCAAAUUCUCAGAAAAGCCAGAGAGGUUCAGCAGGAGUGUCAUUAUGAGCUUGUGGCCCCCUUGGCUCUCAUGUUUGAGUCCACACUCCUACAGAUGCCUCUUUGUCCAUCUGAUGGAGAGAUUCUGACAGAAGCUUGUGAAGUGUUUCAUGGCUUCCUAGCAUGGCCUGAACCCUACUGUAGUGUGUGUCGUAACCUGCUCUCCACUUUACAUCAAGAGCAUAGAGCUCCAGGGAUUUCGUACCACAGGAUGGUAAGCGAGGAACAAGGCCUUGCCACCUCCAGUCAGCGUUCUAAGAUCAUUACGGUGUUGUUGAUGAACCCGGCUGAGGUGCCUGCUGAGUUCCUGUCUGUGGCAGAGCAGCUCAGUGGAGCAGAGAUCUCACAGAGAGAGAGUAGCAUUACACUCAUUAAACACAGCUACCAGGCAGUGCUCGGAACUAAAUACCCACUACAGACCAUCAGCGGUGCUCUACAGUGCCUGAGUGAUGAUGAGUUGGCACAGAUCCUGUCCUCAGUGAGUGACCUUCUAGAGUCUGCAGCGGCCAUGACGGAUAUAGCUAAAGCUCGAGAACAUGUGAGGUGUGGUCUGGAGGCGCUGCGAGAAAAACUUGCCAUACCAGCCUCCAACGGCAAGACUUCAGAUGGGGUUCUUCAGACGCUCGGCCUUCCAGCAGCCAAGUGCUACACCUUCCAUUGGGACAAGGAUAAUUUUGAUGUUCUAAACGACCUUCUAGACAUGGAGUCAGAAUUGACCUUAUCUCAAACAUCUGAGGGCAUGGAGGAGGAUGAUGUUGACAAUGUGGAUGUAGAAGAUGAUGAGUAUGAGGACUUGGAGGAAAGUUUUGUAUCAAACGGUUGCACUGACUAUAGGGCCUCAACCUUCUCUACUGUCUCCUCCCUUUCCACGGCCUCCAAAGACUCCAUGUUCUCCACUCUGUCAGUCGCUUCCUCCGAAUACUCUCCACUCUCCACACUCUCAUCCUCAUCUCAGGCUUCAGGCACUGACAGUGACUUCUGUGAAGACGCAGAAGAGGACUGUCUGAGCAUAGCGUCUGUGCCCAAGUCUAAAACCAGCGCACGACUUUCCAAGCGCCUCUCACGACUCUUCAAACCUCGUAGCAACUCUCUGUGUCGAGCUAAAAGCCUGGGCAGCCCUGAGGCUAAAGAAUUAGUGAUAGCUGUCCGUUCUAAGAGAUCCAAUUCUCUGCCACAGCAAGUGCAACUGCGGAGCUCUGAGUUAGGGUUCCCAGCCCCCCCCCUCUCACAGCUUCAAUAUGUUUGCUAUAGGAGAAGACCCAUUUUGAGUACCGAUGAUGUGGAAGGGCCACCAGGGGCCACAAUGCUCAGAGUGGUGGUGUUCGGGGCAGAUCAUGUGGCAGGGAGACUAGCCCGUGCUUAUGGCAACCUGAGAAAAAGAGAAAGAGACUGUCCACACCUGACCAAAGCUUUCAGGAUGAAGUUUUUCUUUGUGCCUGUGAGGAGGGAUACAACUCCAGCCAAUUUCUCCAUGAGGAACUCUGGUUCUUCUCUGCAGCUGUCAGUGAGUCCACUGAAAGCAGCCGUCUCUAGCACUGAUCUCAGUAUGAAUGGGACGGAGGACAGCACUAAUGAUAUAGCCAAUCUUCUGGGAAUGCUGGAUCCCUGGUAUGAGCGUAACACUCUGAGCCUGCUGGAGCUUCCCGUUAAUGUGGUGUGCCAGCAAACAACCAAGAUUGAGUCAGACUUGUCUGAGGGUGCUGGUGAGGAGCAUUUACCGAUAUUUGCUGACCUGGUGCUCUACUACUGCCGUCAUGCCGCCCGCCCUGCCCUCAUUCAGCUCUAUCAAGCAGAGUUGACACUAGCUGGAGGAGAGAGACGGACUGAAGUGUUUGUUCACUCUCUGGAGCUCGGACACACAGCUGGUACAAGAGCCAUCAAGGCCAUGGGUGCUGCAAGUAAGAGAUUUGGCAUUGAUGGAGACCGUGAGGCUGUUCCUUUAUCACUUGAAGUUACUUACAAUCGAAUACGUAUCAGUGGCAGGAGUCAGAAGACAAGGGCAGAGAAGUCCUGCACCUCUAUAAACCUGCUAAAAGCCUGCAGGAAUCUUGAGGAACUAGAUUCUAAAAUGGAGUGCCUUCAUUUGACAAUGACAGAAGUGCUGAAGAGACAAAACUCUAAAUCAAAGAAAGGCUACAAUCAGCAACUGACCACCACACAGGUAAAGGUGGAUAAGGUUCAGGUUAGUGGAACUUGCAACACCACAUUUGCAGUUUGUCUGGACCAAGAUGAGAAGAAAAUUUUACAGAGUGUGGCCAGGUGUGAGAUAUCAGUUUGUUAUAAAUCCGAUAGUACGACUGAUUGGACGAAAGGAAGGGGGUUCUCAUCUCAAACGCAGACUCUGCAGCCAACCUUCUGUUCUCUGCUUUGUCUGCCUGUUGCCACUUUCAGUGGACCUCAGCCUUGAACCCAGAGACUAGGCUUGACCCUUAGACUCCAGCCUAAUAGACGUCCAUCUAUGUAGUUUUCCUCUUCCACUUUUAAACUACAACUCUGCAUAUCGACUCCCAAAAAAGCUACACUUUCAGGCAAAAGUGUUCUUUUUAUUACGUUUGUGAGCAUCAUAUGUAUGUACAGCGAGGGUUGUUCGCUUCGUAUUUCUGAGAUGAGGAUAACUGUUUUUUAGCCUGAGGUACAUCCUACUGAAUAUAUUUCAGUGGACAAGCUGAGACAAAUUUUAUGGACUUAUAACUAACACCCGAAUCAGGUUAUGAGACAAAACCUGAGCCAUCUGUAAUGAAGGUUUGGUACUUUGAAGGGGAUGUUAUUACUGGAUUGAACUGAACUGGGCCUGUCCUGAUUCUUACAAAACCAGCGUGGAUGAAUACUCUUGUUAAUGCACAUAUUAACCACCAUUUAAAUAAGCACUGUGGACACUGUAAUAAUACGUUUGUAUAUAUGACAUAAUUAUUUUACGUAGCUAUAUUCGAAAUUCUCAGGAAAUAUAUCUAUAUUCCUUUACAGUCUUUCAUUUUUAAUAGUUUAUUUAAACUCAUUUCUGUCUGGCCAGAGAAUUAAGAUAGUGGUGCCUCAGAUUUUAGUCCUUAAAAAUUAUUUUUGUAUAUGUUUAUAUAUCUUCUCUGCAGGAUUGUUUUUGCUGUGUUGUGAUCCAUCUGAAACCUGUUUGCUUUGAAUACCUCUUACUGUAAUUUGGUGGGUUUGCCAGCAGAGGUCCUUAUAAACCAUUUGUUGAGUUUAUCUUGUAGUCGCUGGAGGCUGAACAGUGCUGAAUAAACAUCUACAUCACUGGCAGUGAAAAACCGAAACGGUUCAGUCAGUGCGCUGUAAACCUGGCACAGUUUGUAAGUGAAACAAACUGAAUUUUCUUCUCUUCCUUUCUCUUUCUAAAAUGUGUAUAUCUGUCCUCUAAAAUGAUCAGUAUAACUGUCAAAAUAAUUUUCUUUCUGAUUGUUUUUGAAACACUUUUGAAACACCAAAAUUACGGAGUUGAGUUGAGGAGUACAAUGUACAUAUGUAUGUGUUUUUAUUAAAAAAUUGAGCAAAUUGAGAGGGAUUUUACUCUCUCUCUCUCUCUCUCUCUCUCUCUCUCAGGGCAGACCGUUUUUAAAUAAUGUUCAUCUGUGUUUAUUAAACUUUGUAAAUACAUUCUAUUUGCAAUAAUACUACAUUUCAUUUUGUUGUGACUAUGACAGAGUGUUGUGGGUACAGACCAGUACUACUGAAAUGUACUGUUAUGCAAUAUGUCUUUUUUUAUUAUUUUGUCAUCCUGGCAUCCAAGAGAACUAAAGCGGUACUUUCCAUGUAAAGUGUAUUCACUGGCUUUAUAUUUGAACACUGUAACAUGUCAAAAAUAUAUUAAAUAAAACCACGUUUUAAAAUAAA